AUGGAAAUUGACUUUGCUCCAUCGCAUAAUCCAACAUUAUUUGGUUCACUAUCUGUGUCCCCGCCGGUAUCAAUGUUCGAUGCCUUCUCACCGUUGUUACAUUUCAAUGACGAUUUUCUUGAUGCAUUGAACCCAAAUAAAGACGAAGAAGAUAAUGACGAUUGGAUGAAACCAUUGUUACUAGAUCAAUUAUUCGAACAUGAACUACCGCAAAACAUUUUCGGUUUUAAUGAUAUCGACGUUAAAGAAGAAGAAGAAAAGUCGAAAUCAGAUAACUAUACCUACAUUCUUACUGAUAAGUUCAAUCAUUCAUCUCAAUUGUCGCAUAUCAACCGUGAGAAUGACUAUCUGGAUAUUUUUCAUCCGAUAUCAGUUGAACAACAGUUACCAGCAACGAAAACAACGACAACAACUGUUCAUUUGAUCCAUCAACCCAAAAUCGAACCCGCUGAAAUGCCGACAACCUUAUACGUCAGUGGAAAUGAAUUACAAUUUCAUCCAGUUGUAACUACGAGUAAUACUACUACUACUCAUGGAAAAACCAUCGGUCAUACAUAUACAACGACGACAGCGUCACCGAUUCCAUCGGUACCGAUUGUACCUGCACGCGUGUUGAAGGGAAAGAAAUUCAAACGAGGUGGUCGAGUUACUUCUCGAGCAGCAUCAAGGAGUAAUGCAUCGACCAAACGACGCUUAAACUCAACUGCUGCAGAACCCAAAGCCAGCGUUGUUAUUAUUGCUGAAGAUGCAACAAGAAUCGAUUCCAAAACAACUACUUUAGGUUUAAGUUCUACAAGUAACAGUGACACGGAUCUCUUAAAACCAUCUUCAACAACAUCAACACGUUCAUCAACACGUCGCCGUGUAAAGUCUACACCUCGUGAAGUUAUUCUCUUUCGUAAUGGUACAUUCGUCUCGAAGGAGCCCAUAUCGAAACAGCAAACUUCAACAACGUUGUGUUUCGAAACAACAACAACGACAAAUAACACCUGUCCACCGCCACCACCACCUCUUCAUCAACAGCAAAUCACAGCAACUGGUUUACAAGCUGCUGCACAAAUCGUUGCAUGUAACGUUCUUCGUCAAGCGACACUAAACGAUGCACUAAUCGAACAAUUGAUUAAACGUGAACCAAACAAUCCUGAUGAUGAUUUCCCAAUCUAUUGCUAUUCAAGUCCAUCUCUCUCAUCAUCAUCUUGUACGAUGACAACUGCGAUGGAAGACUAUGAGAAUAGUUGCUCAGCAACAUUGAAAAUUCUCGGUUGCAAUACAACUGCACCACUAACACCAGCAAACACCACGACAACAACAAUCGAACUACUCACAUUUGCUGCUCUUCAACAACAGCAGCAACAUCAACAACAACAAUUUUGUUACAUCAAACAAGAACCAAUCACAACAACAACGACAACGUUUCUUCUACCUCGCUUACUACCACAAUGA